AUGUUUAAACUCGCUCUUAGCACCGUACGCUUACCGGUGGUGACUAGAUACGCCCCCUUACGGACAUUCUAUGCGUCGCCGGUGAUGUUGAAGGCGAAAAAGGGGGGUAAAAAGGCCGCGGCCCCCGCUGAAGACACCACCGAAGCGGCGGCGGAAGGCCCGCUCAUAGAUAUCCCCGAUGUCACCAAAAAGUUCCAACAAGUGGUGGAAAAGUUUGGCAAGGCCGCCAACGAUGCCAAGUUGGGCAAGUCGAACCCCAAGAUCUUCGACAAGCUCGUGGUGGAGACGGGUGAUGGCGAGAUGCCAUUUACCCUGGUGGCGCAAACCAGUGUCAAAGGGCGCAAUUUCAUCAUCACCUUAUUUGAUCCUGCCAACGCCAAGCACGUCAUCAAUACCGUGCUUGGUCUGGGGCUCAAUUUGAAUGCUCAGGUCGAUCCUACUAAUAAGUACACUUUGAAGGUGCCGUUGCCGCCGGUGUCUACUGAAACGAAAAAGGAAGCAGUCAAGCAAUUGAAGGAACAGUUUGAAAAGUUUAAAUCGGGCAAGACGGGGUUGGCCGGCAUCAGAGCCGACACCAAGCUGAAGUUCCAGAAGAAGUGUAAGCUGAAGAAGCCGAGUGAUGCUGAGCAGAAGGAGUUGGACGCCUUCGAGAAGGUGCACAAGACUUUCAACGACAAACUCGCCGAAGCAUUCAAACAGGCGGAAACCGCCAUCAUGAAGUAG